AUGAGCCCGUCAAUAUUUGUGGCAUUGAAGUUCCUUUUGAUUGGCACAUUUUAUUUUCUCCAAAAUGGUAGUAUAAAAUUUGGCCACGCGUGGUGUGUGAGGAAUGCAUAUUUGAGAAAUGAGCAGGUGAACGGCAAAGGUAGAAAUGUGUUUGGCGCAGGAGGACUGUGUUAUCUGACCGGAAUACGAGGCAUCUCCUGGGGGGGUAAAACAGACCAAGCGAGAAGGAACAUUCGUCAUGUGUGUAGAAGGGGAAGGGGAAAUGUGGUUGUUGUAGAAGCAAUGAAGGAAGAAGAGGGCCAAGGAGAGGAUCACCCGGGAGAGAAUAAUACUAAAUUGGAAGAUCCCACAAACCUGGGGGAAGUAUCCACGCAGAAGAAGAGAACGAAAAGAGAAAUAAAAAAGGACGAGUAUGGAAUCCCGCAGGAAAAGCUAAACAUAACAAGGCAAAUGAACAGCAAAAUAAAAUCCAAGUAUAAAUUCUGCAAAGUAAAGACAUACAGGGAAACUAUAAAUAUAAAUUACAAAAAGAAGAAAAUUUUAAGCAUUCAUGAAGGGAAAUUUAAAAAUAGAAGGAUAUACUCACCUGAUACUUACACGAGGCCAAUGAUGAGCAAAGUGAAGGAAUCUUUAUUUAGCAUUUUGUCCCACUUGGGGAUAUUCAGUAAUUCCACCAUGAACGUUUUGGACGUGUUUAGUGGAAGUGGUAACCUGGGCAUCGAGUGCAUUUCAAGAGACAUAGCUCACGUAACCUUCGUAGACUUAUCACUGAAUAGCUGUAAAACUAUUUACGAAAAUUUAAAACUCUGUAAUAUUAACCUUUCGUACAAUCAAAUAAUAAGGGCAGAUGCAAUGGAGUUGUUAAAAAAUCCUUUGAAGUUUCACAUCGGAGAGAAAUUUCACUUAGCUUUUUUUACUCCACCGUAUGAACAAAUUGUAUACAGUGAGUUGAUACAAAAUAUUUCCAGCAGUGAGCUCUUCGACCGUGAUAGUCUUGUGUUUAUUGAGUAUCCGAAGGAGAUUGAGAUGUUGCCCCAGCGGGUGUACAAUAUGAUAGGAUUAAGGAAUAGAAAAUUUGGAAGAACCUACUUUGCUUUGUACGUUCUGAACAGUUCAGGUAAAUAUCUUUCUGCUGAAAGGAAGGAUGAAUUUUACCCGCUCCAUUAUAAUCGUAAGCAGCGCAGACAGGAAAAAUAUCUUUAA